AGGUGCCCCUGUGAAGGUGUCCCUGUUUGGGAAGGUGAUGGCCAUCGUUGUCUGAGUUAGACCUGCCUCAGUGUGGGAGCGGUCCUGUGUCACUCGUCUCUCCACCUAAGGAGAUUGAAUCUCUCUCUGAAACUUCUGAAUGUUUUUUUUACUAGUGGGAACAUUUUCUACACAGCAAAGCUGAUGGCUUAAUUUUGGCAAGUGCUGGUGUGGCUUUGGUUCUGCUGUGCUUCACGAAGCUUGAGUCUGAAGGAUACAGGGCUUUCUGGGAUGACAAUAUGACUCACAGUAAAGGAAGAUCUGUCACUCACAAGACAAGUGGCAGUCCAGACACUGGAGGAGGCUUUGUAGACUGGACUUUAAAUUUCAACACAAUUCAAUCGGACAAGUUUUUAAACUUGCUUUUAAGCAUGGUGCCAGUCAUUUACCAGAAGAACCAGGAAGACAGGCAUAAAAAAUCAAAUGGCAUUUGGCAGGAAGGAUUGUCAGGUGCAGCGCAGACCUUCGGCAAGAGAUCAGAGCCACAUCUGGACUACCACGAGUUCUCAGAGCAGGCUUUCCACGGCGGCAGCGGGCACGCUCCAGCCAGUUGCAGCCCCAAGUAUGACGACUACGCCGGCUAUAACUACUAUGAUGGGAGGGAGGCUUCGGAAACCACCGCCAUGCUACAGGACGAAGAUCUGUCCAGUGAGGGCGAUGAUGUUAUUGUGGAAACAAACCAGAAGCUACCGAGGUAGUCCAGCGGCAUCAUGGCUCUGCAGAUACUCGUGCCGUUCUUGCUGGCUGGGUUUGGAACAGUUUCUGCCGGCAUGGUUUUGGACGUAGUACAGCACUGGGAGGUGUUCAAGAACGUGACCGAAGUCUUCAUCUUAGUCCCUGCACUUCUUGGUCUCAAAGGGAACUUGGAAAUGACACUGGCUUCGCGGUUAUCCACUGCGGUAAAUGUUGGGAAGAUGGACUCACCCAUUGAAAAGUGGAAUCUAAUCAUUGGCAACUUGGCUUUAAAGCAGGUCCAGGCCACAGUGGUUGGUUUUUUAGCGGCCGUGGCAGCGAUCAUAUUGGGCUGGAUUCCAGAAGGGAAAUAUUACCUCAGCCAUUCCAUCCUUCUGUGCUCUAGCAGUGUGGCAACCGCCUUCAUUGCGUCGCUUCUGCAGGGAAUAAUAAUGGUUGGAGUUAUCGUUGGCUCAAAGAAGACAGGCAUAAACCCUGACAACGUGGCUACACCCAUUGCUGCUAGUUUUGGUGAUCUGAUAACUCUUGCCAUAUUAGCUUGGAUAAGUCAGGGUUUGUACUCCUGUCUUGAGACAUAUUAUUACAUUUCGCCAUUAGUUUGUGCCUUUUUCUUGGCCCUGACACCUAUCUGGAUUAUAAUAGCUGCCAAACACCCAGCCACCAGGACAGUGCUCCACUCGGGCUGGGAGCCCGUCAUAACAGCCAUGGUCAUAAGCAGCAUUGGGGGCCUUAUUCUGGACACCACUGUAUCUGACCCAAACUUGGUUGGGAUUGUUGUUUACACACCAGUUAUCAACGGUAAGACUUGACGGUACUGCCUCAUGAUGACGUCACUGUUAGGGGCCCCCGUGUCUUCCUGCUCCAUCCAUUUCUUCCUUCAAACUCAAGAUGUAGCUCAGAGUGGACAUUCUCUUCCCGGUCUCAGUACAUAAAACACUUCUGGAAAAGAGCUGUUGCUCAUUCAUUUUUGUUACAUGUUUUUUUGACAGGCAUACCUAACUUUUAAGGUUAAUGUGACAAAAUACAGUAUUUGGGUUCUGAGUUGUCCGUUCCCUU